GAUAAAACUCCACCGAGAGUCAGAAGAAUAUAAUAUGUAUGAGAAAUGUCAAACUUGGCAAUGGCUGCUAAAUUAACUAAAUAACUUGAAUGCUUUAUUUGCCUAUAAAUACUAUUUUCCUCGGCCAUUUCCUUCACUACCAACAUAUUAUCUUCUCUCAAUUCAUAACCUUAUAACCUCUCGUUCGAUCGCGUAAUGGCUCCUUCUCUUCGGUCCCUUGUGUUUGUGUUUUCCGCUCUGCUAGUAGCAGAAGCUGCAACGUCUAGCGACAGUUUCAUUCCGUCUCGAGCUGCUCAUUAUCCCAAUUCUGAUUCGCAAGGAACUGACUCGGGUGCUUGCGGAUAUGGCACAUUCGGAGCCACACUAAACGGCGGGGAUGUAUCGGCUGCUUCGAAUCUCUACCGUGGCGGUAUUGGAUGCGGUGCUUGCUAUCAGGUAAGAUGCAGCAACAGUUACUACUGCAAUGACAAAGGAGUAACCGUCGUCAUAACCGACAGUGGUUCGAGUCAUGACACCGAUUUUAUUCUGACCAAACAAGCCUUCGGUCGGAUGGCUCAAACACCAGAUGCGGCUGCUUUUAUGUUAUCCCUUGGAGUCGUUGAUAUUGAAUAUAGACGUGUUUCAUGCAGCUAUCCAAACAAAAAUAUAACAAUCAAAAUAGAUGAAAACAGCAGCCAUCCUCAUUAUUUGGCUUUUGUCAUUUGGCAUCAACAAGGAAACAAAGACAUUACUGCUGUCCAAUUAUGUGAGACUCAAAAUUUUGUGUGCAAGCUUUUGGAUAGGAGUUAUGGAGCAGUAUGGACAACAACAUCUCCACCCAGUGGACCAUUGUCACUGAGAAUGUUAUUCAGUGGUGAGGAUGGAGAUGAGACAUGGCUUGCUCCUCCGACCAACAUUCCCCAGGACUGGAAAGCUGGACAAACUUAUGAUAUUGGGGUUCAGUUUGAUAUUUGAUUUUUAUUAUUUUCAAUAUUAAAUUCAUUUUAGUUUGUAUGUUUUGAUUCUAUUGUAUUGUAUUAUAUGCCUUUUCUCCAUCUCUAUAUGGGGUCAUAGUUUAAUAAGAACAAUUCAUAAACAUAGGUUAUAUUUA